AUGUCCUCCACUCUCGCUCGCCACGCCUCCGCCAUUCAACCCUCCUCGAUCCCCACCCUCAACGAUCUCUACACCCAAGGCAUCCUCGAACCCGCAGACCAGACCCACCCCCAGGCAACCUCAAAAUACAACACACAAAUCUGCCUAAUACGCACCGACAUCACCACUCUCGCGACCGACUGCAUCGUCAACGCGGCCAAUGAGUCGCUCCUCGGGGGUGGAGGCGUAGACGGAGCAAUCCACAGCGCAGCCGGACCCGGUCUCCUACGCGAAUGCCGGAUGCUAGAUGGCUGCGAUACAGGAUCCGCAAAAAUCACAGGUGCCUACCAGCUACCUUGUAAGAGAGUGAUACACGCCGUCGGACCCAUCUUCUCCCUCGCACUCCGGCAAGGGAAAGGGGAGCCAGCACGAUUACUAGGAGGUUGUUACACCACGAGUCUUGAUCUAGCUGUGGAGAAUGGAUGCAAGAGUAUUGCCUUCUCAGCCCUCAGUACAGGCGUGUAUGGGUAUAAGAGUCAACUAGCGGCACGAGAUGCUCUGACGGCCGUAAAGGGGUGGUUGGAUGAGGAUGAGGAGAGGGCGAGGAAGAUUGAGAGGAUUGUCUUUUGUUCUUUUUUGGCUAAAGAUGAGGCUGCUUACGAGGAGUGGGUGCCACGUUUCUUCCCACCCGCGGCGGAGAACAAAGAAACGAGUGCUCAACCCAAUGAUCGAGCAACGACAAUGGAUGGGACCGAGAAGCCGGCUGAGGAGACUAAAGUAGACGAGACAUCUGGAGACAUGCCAGCUGGGGAGCUACCUUUGCCUGUUCUACCGGAUGUGCCUACGAAGGAGUCAACAGAGCCAGGACAGCCGGACGCAAAGAAGCAGAAGAUAGCGAACGACGACAACACGACGGCAAGCAUACAAGAUGGCGAUGCAGUAAGGAAACUGUGA